CUCAAGAUGUCUACCUUCGGAGAACUUUUCCGCGUUACCACCUACGGAGAGUCCCAUUGCAAGAGUGUCGGCUGCAUCAUCGAUGGUUGCCCGCCGGGAAUGGCCUUGACCGAGCAGGAUGUCCAGGUUCAGCUCACCAGGCGCAGGCCUGGACAGUCUGCCUUGACUACUCCUCGAGAUGAAAAGGAUCGCGUCGAGAUUCAGUCUGGAACUGAGUUCGGUGUCACCCUCGGUACGCCCAUCGGAAUGCUCGUCAAGAACGAAGACCAGAGGCCUCACGACUACGGAGGCAAGACUACGGACAUAUACCCCCGACCCAGUCACGCUGACUGGACUUACCUCUGCAAAUACGGUGUCAAGGCUUCCUCCGGUGGAGGUCGUUCUUCCGCUCGUGAGACCAUCGGCCGUGUCGCCGCUGGUGCCGUUGCUGAGAAGUAUUUGAAGGAGGCGCAUGGUGUCGAGAUAGUCGCUUUCUCCUCAUCCGUCGGAAAGGUUCACAUGCCCACCAGCAACACCGCCACUUCCUCCGACGACGACUUGUCUGCCGAUGAUGCCGAUGAGAACGUCCCCGAGAUUUCUGAGGAGUACUUGAAGCUGUUGCAGACUGUGAACAGAGAACAAGUCGAUGCCUCUAUCGUCAGGUGUCCGGAUGCUGAGACUACGGAGAGGAUGAAGGCACGUAUCGAGCGCGCAAAGGCAAAGAACGACUCUAUCGGUGGUACCGUCACAUGUGUCAUCCGCAACUGCCCCGUCGGCCUCGGUGAACCCGCCUUCGACAAACUCGAGGCUAAGCUUGCUCACGCCAUGCUCUCCAUCCCCGCCACUAAGGGUUUCGAGAUCGGAUCCGGAUUCUUGGGUGCCGAGAUGCCUGGCCACAAGCACAACGACCCUUACGUCGCUGGCCCCAACGGUACUCUCCGCACGAAGACCAACAACUCUGGUGGUAUCCAGGGUGGUAUCUCUAACGGUGAGAACAUCUACUUCAAGGUUGCGUUCAAGUCCGUUGCUACCAUUGGUCGCGAGCAGACUACUGCUACCUACGACGGUGCGGAGGGUGUCUUGGCCGCCAAGGGGCGUCACGACCCAUGUGUCGUUCCCCGUGCCAUUGCUAUCGUUGAGUCUAUGGCUGCUCUGGUCGUCAUGGACGCGCUCAUGAUUCAGCACUCCCGUCAGGCUGCACGAUCGCUCCUUCCCCCAUUGAAGACCAACUUGCCAUCAUCUGCUACCAUCGUCGGUGGAGCCAAGGCUGAGGAGAGCGUUCGCAAGCAGGAGGAGGGCACCAACACCGAUGGUACUCCUCUUUAAAUUGAUAGAGAAGCAAGGAUAUCUUGGAGUUUUUGGGUGAUUUAAUAUUUAGG